AAAACGACUCGAACCACAUGUGAAGCGCUGCACAGUCAAUGACCACAUGCUGGCAAGCGCGGACGUCCACGAAAUAGUCCGUUUUACCUAGUUUUCGGCGUUGUUGAUUGUAACAAGCGAAAGGACUGACAGGGAUUCACAACAUGUCAAUGCUUGCAGAAAGUCGAGAUAAGAAAAAGUGGUCAAUAGACCCAAAUGGCACAAACUGGUCAAAAGACGAAAACAAAUUUGGUGUGAAAAUGCUUGAAAGAAUGGGUUGGACCAAAGGCAAGGGACUGGGAGCGAAUGAAGAUGGGAGAAUCGCACACAUUAAAAUUAAACAUAAAAAUGAUAAUCGUGGAGUUGGAUGUUCGAUAAAGCAAGAACAAAAUUGGGUUGCUCAUCAGGAUGACUUUGCAGAUUUACUAGCACAAUUGAACAAUCAUCACUCCGAUCAAACUGACGUGAAAAACAUGAAUGGUGUCUCCAGCCUUGAAAAGAAAUCUAAAUCACAAAAGAGAGUACAUUAUCACAAAUUUGCAAGAGGUAAAGACCUUUCCAAUUACAAAGAGACUGAUCUUGCAGCAAUAUUUGGAAAAACAGCAUCCAAGAGUGAGCCUGUUACACCUAUCAAUUUGUCAGAGGAUGAAAUAUCUGAUGCAGACAGCACUUCAUCCUGCCCAGAAAGCAAGAAAAAGAAGAAAUCAAAAAAAAAGAAAACUACUGAAAAAGAAUCCCCAAAAAAUAAUGCAACCAAUCAUGUAACUUCUACAAUAAGUGUGCAAGAAUAUUUUGCACUAAGAAUGGCUGCAAUUAAAAAGAAGGCUUCAUCUCCUUCAGUUGCUUCAAGUCCCAGUGAAGAAGAUAGCACUAUUGACACAACAACUGCACAGGAAGAAAAAGCCGUCACUGCCACAGAUAAUGAUUCGACCGUUGAUUCAACAAAUAAAAUAAAGAAAAAGAAGAAAUCGAAAAAAGUUGAAGAUUCAGAAACUACAGAACCAGCCGAAGCUGAUAAGACUUUGAAAAGGAAGAAAAAAUCAAAACUGAAAAGUAUUGAUACAAAAAAGGACUCUAAUAAAAUGGAAUCUUCAAAUAAUUCAGAUAAAAAAGUGAAGAGAAAAUCGAAAAAGCGCAAAAAUAAAGACUUGCAAGAUGACGAUUUAAAUUUAUCAACAAACAAAUUUAAAAAGAAGAAAACUGAAUGAUAUUUUCACUGGUAUAUAUUAGUAACAAAUUUGCAUAGUAAAAUGUUUUGCUAGUUUGAGAAUGGUUUUAAUAUCGUUUCUAACAUGACUUUAUUCAAAGAA